CACGCUUUCACGUUUCAUGCGGCCAUUUUCUUCGUAACUUGUUUAGGAGUAGGAGGGUUUGAGUUUGAGGCCUUUCUUCUGCUAGUACUUUAAGAAAUUCCUCUACACAAUCUUCAAAAAAAAUGUCUUACAAUACAAGAAGAAACCCAGUCUUUGGAGGCAAUUCCAAUCAGAAUCAAUCUUCAAAUGUGGGCGCUAGAAGGACAGGAGGCUUUGUUCCUGGGGGGCAGCUGGCUGGUUCUCAACCACAGUAUAGACCUCAAGGACAGCAAAAUCAAAGAGCCGGACAGCAACAACAACCUGGAAAUGCCAGGAAUCAGCAACAGGUCCAAACUGGUUAUUCCCCUGUGAAACCAGAGCCACAGUCCCCCGUCGUAAGACCUGGGGGCGCCCCGACCGCUGCCAAGCCCGUUGUACAGCAGCAGCAGACGCCUGCUAAGCCUGCUGUGCAGACUCCUACCAAGCCUGCUGUACAGACGCCUGCUAAGCCUGCCGUACAACAGCAGCAGACUCCUGCUAACCCUGCUGUACAGAAGGAACAAACAGCUCCGACAGCUGCCCUAAUUUCAACAGACCCAUCAGAUUUUAUGGAUAUUGCUGAAAGUGGCAAUGGAAACGCAGAAACACCAAGGAAGAAGUUCUGGCCUAAAGGAACUGCUAACAAGAUUUCGCGAGCUGAAAAAGCACGCAGACGCAACUUGAAACUGAGUAAAAUUCUACAACCGAAAAAUGCAGUCAUGAUCCUGAACGAACUUAUCAAGGGAUGCGUUUACAAUGUUGAAGAAGUACCUGUGAAAAUUGACGUUAACCAAUUCAGAGGGACUGUAUCUUUUGAUGGACUCGAAUUUGCUGGAACAGGUAAAAACAAAAUCGCAGCCAAAAAUUCUGCUGCCGAAACGGCUCUUAAACAUCUUGUGAAGAACAAGAAAAUUGGCACUCUCAAAAAAGAAGAAGAAGAAGCUGAGAAAAUGGAGAUUGGUGAGGAAGAUGGUCAGCAAGUCAUGCCCUGGUCGCAUAUCGCUUCUUUUGCCAUGUUCAAAUUGUUUUCAGCUUGGGGAGAGGAUCCAAAUACCGUCAAGGUAUGUGAAGAUAAUGUUCAAGACCAACAAGGUAACUUGCUAACUGGGCCGGCCGCUCCUGUUCCACGAGACCCAAAACCAGCCAAGAAGAUGCCCGAUCAUCCCGAAACAAUGAACCCGUUAAUGCUGGUGCACCAGAUGCUUCCCAAUGCCGUCUGGGAAGAAGUGGGCAAAACGGGAAAUCCACCCAAUAUUAUUUUCCAGAUGAAGGUUACUAUUGGCAACAAAAGUUUUUCUGGAACUGGUUCAAACAAGAAAAUGGCUAAAAGAAUGGCUGCAUUCACGGCCUGCCACGAGUUACUGAAUGUUACUUAUCCAUCUGAAGUUUGGAUGCCUUUGUAUAAUUAAAUUCCCAACAAGCUUGAUUAGUAGUUUAGAUUUUAUUGUGUACCUUCACAUUAGAAUUAGUUCUUUAGUUUUAGUAAGUUGCUUUCUGGCAAUUAUAACUUUUUAGAUUAGCUUUUUACUAUAACAAGUAUUUUGUCUAGUUUUAUUGACUUUAUUUAAGACGUGCAGUUUCAAUGCGAUCAAAUCGAUCUGAUGGAUACAGAUCCACUUGGAAAUUGCAUUAAAAACACUGGCGAAUACCAUCAGAAAUGGAUCGGUAGUCGUUGAUUUUAAUUUUGGAUUACAAUGAUGUAAUUUUUUUUAUUGACUUUAUUUGGUGUAUCUAUAUUCUGAAAACUAGGUGGUAAUGUGUAAUUUGUGAUUAGGUAGAGAGUUUUUAAUAGUCACUUUAUAUGUUUUGUGUCUACUUGUCUAGCAAAUCAAAAUAAACCAACACAGUAUAA